AACACAGAAGAUCAUUUGUAUAAUGAAAGAGACAGAAAGGGAAAGAGCAGAACAGAGCAUCCAAUGACAAAAAGCAUUUGAAACAGUUGUUUGUUGGUUGUCAUUGGAUAUCCUUCACUUCACCAAAACUCCCAUCUUUUCCCCUAACUUGCAUAUAUCAUAGACUUUUUCACGAACUCGGAGUUGGUGAAAGUUGUUCCUCAUACUCGAAACCGAUAAUACUAAUAAAUUCUUCCAUUUCUUUUUCUAUUCAUUAAUAUUUCUUAUCACCUGUAAAACUGGAGUGGAGGAAAGGGAAAGUGAAUCCGCUUGUAAGCAGCAUAAGGGCCAAGUUAAAGCCAAAAGCUAUGCCACCGAAUAUAGUUCAUGAUGCUGAGGGAUUGCCCAGAAUUAUACUCACCGAGCCAAAUGGUUCAUCUGCUGAGGUGCUACUCUAUGGAGGGCAAGUUGUUUCUUGGAAGAACGAACGAAGGAAAGAGCUGCUUUUCAUGAGUAGCAAGGCAAAUUGGAAGCCACCAAAGCCCAUCAGGGGAGGUAUACCGGUCUGCUUUCCUCAGUUUGGGAAUCUUGGUUCACUGGAGCAACAUGGAUUUGCCAGGAACCGAAUGUGGAUGGUGGACAGUGACCCUUCACCUUUGCCUCCAGCCAACAACCAGUCAUCUGUGGAUAUAGUAUUAAAGUCUACAGACGAGGAUCUAAAGAUCUGGCCACGUUGCUUCGAAUUGCGUCUUCGUGUAACUCUCAGUGCUGGCAAGCUGACUUUGAUCCCUCGUGUGAGGAAUACUGAUAACAAGGCCUUCUCUUUCAUGUUCGCCCUCUGCAACUACUUGUCUGUAUCAGACAUCAGUGAAGUGCGAGUGGAGGGCUUGGAGACACUUGAUUACUUUGACAAUUUGAUUAACAGAGAAAGGUUCACAGAACAAGCUGAUGCAAUUACUUUCGAUGGCGAGUUUGAAAGAGUAUAUUUGAGCACCCCAACAAAGAUCGCCAUCAUAGACCAUGAGAAGAAGAGAACCUUCGAACUGUGGAAGGAUGGGAUGCCAGACGCAGUUGUAUGGAAUCCAUGGGACAAAAAGGCAAAGGCUCUGCCAGAUUUAGGGGAUGAGGAUUACCAAUCCAUGUUAUGCGUAGAUUCUGCUGCCAUUGAAACUCCAAUCAUGUUGAAACCAUUCGAAGAAUGGAAGGGGAGGCAAGAGAUCUCCACUGUGUCCUCCAGUUAUUGCAGUGGACAGUUGGAUCCUCGGAAGGUUCUCUAUGGUUUUCACUGACGUUGGUCCUAUUUGCUGCUGUAAAAUAUAGAUGAACUCGUUUUUGUAUUAUCAUUUUGGUGUUUAGAAUCCUAAUGAAUGAUUAAUCCUUCUGAAUGUAAUAAGUAGUAGUUGCCAAUAUAUGAUAUAUCUAUCUUUUUUAU